UCAACCUAGUCCAUACUAUACACAGUACACACACCAGAUUUUCCCGCGCAAAUUGAGAAAUCUGCCAAAUUACCCAAGUUUCCGGUGUCUAGUGUACACUGUACAUACAGUGUAUACUAACAACAUACAAUAAACCAGAGUAUCUUUACACUAAUAUGUGUGUAUAGUAAACAAUACAAACUUUCAUCCUGGUAUUUACAAUUAUGAUAAAGUGAAGAGCAAAAAAGUUUGAUAUCCUCAGACUUGAAGCAUUAUUAACGAUUCGUCUGAAUCAUGUUGAACCGUCAUACUAAAUCUGAAGGCUAGACUAGAUCUUUCAAUUGCUCAAGGUCCCCAGGGAGUUGAUAAACCAUUCGGAGCUAUUCAGUGGAAAUAUGGACAUCAUGGAUUCUUGUUCAUUGUACAGUUGUUGAGCUAAACAAAGUGAACCAGUAUACGAAGUGUACUGCACAUUAUAAACAAUUAUGAGUUUGAAUAACAAUGCAUGUUAUCCUUAUGGCGCUCUAAUAGAGUGUAGAUGUGAUGCAAGAGGCAGAAUUUAUAG